UUAGCAGUGUCAAUGGCAAGGAUUUUUUCUGCAAAAGCGCCGCCAGUGGCGAAAUUAUGACGUGGCGGCUACUUCGAAAGAAAUUUUUAUAAUUGUAGCAGCAAUGUCAAUGAGAUAAAGCCACUUUAUUUUCCACCAUGCCCAAAACGAGUACAUAUGUGUGCAUUUAACUGUUAAGAAGAUGGAUGCGAAACUACCUAGAACCAUCCCUAUUCAGGGUGUGAAGGUUCAGUUCCCUUUCAAACCAUAUCCCUCGCAGCUCUCCAUGAUGGCGAAGAUCAUCAAGGGAUGUGGGUCUAAACAGAACUGCUUGUUGGAAAGUCCAACUGGAACUGGGAAAAGUUUAGCUCUCCUCUGCUCAGCGCUUGCUUGGCAAACAGAAUUUGUAGAAAAGGCUGAAAGUGGUAUUGGUAAGCCAAGGGAUGAUUGUUGUUGCAAAUGUCAUAUCAAGAAAUGUACUUCUUCGCCACCGGACUCCAAGUCGGGCCUGGACAACUCUAAGUAUUUUCCAGACAAUUCCUCACCAGGGCCAGUAGAUGUGUCUAAGUGUGAAACAUCACUAGAGCUAAAGCCUUCUUCAGAUCAGAGUGAAGGCCAACGUGAUGAAGAUUUCAAGGACCUAGGGAAGAAGUUUAGGACACCAGUGGGGUCCAUCUCAAAGUCGAAGAAAAGAACACAUACUCCAAUAUCCUAUGAAGUUGACCAACCAGCUGAAUCCAAGAAGAUUUCUCCUCCUCCAUGGAAGAUGGAAGUUACAAGUACACGCGCAAACCUUCCCAGUGGAGCUGACAGCAAGGAUGGCUGUUGUGCAGAUGUGGAUGAAGAAUGCAUGAAGUGUGACUGUGCUGAAAACGCCUCUGAGAAAACCCCUGUCAGGCCUCCUACGAUAUUCUACUGCACGCGUACUCAUCGUCAGAUAAAACAAAUCACUAGAGAGCUGGGAAGGACGGCUUACUGUGGGACAGAAAUGACAAUCUUGUCCAGUCGAGAUCACAGCUGUAUCAAUCGUGAGGUGCUCCAGAUGACCAACAGGAAUGACGGAUGUCGCGAAAAAGUGGAUCUUCGUGGAUGUAAGUUUUAUGAAAAGAGCAAGAACAUAACCCAGAAAGUAAUCGCAACCUCUGGCCUGCGCACUGCCUGGGAUAUUGAGGAUUUCAAAGAUGUUUGUGCCGCACUCAUGUGUUGUCCAUACUUCAGUGCCCGAGAGCUGAAGAACACUGCUCGCCUGGUGUUCUGUCCGUAUAACUAUCUGAUAGAUCCUGUCAUAAGAGAUUCGAUGGAGAUCACCUUAGACAAUCAGAUUGUCAUCUUGGAUGAAGCUCAUAACAUUGAGGACUUUGCACGUAGUGCGGCGAGUGCUGAGUUUACAGAAGACCAGCUGGCAAAGGCAUCUAUUGACUUGUUGGAUAUGGUCAAUGAAAACGUCAAGCCUUUGAACCAUGCAGCCUUGAAAGACAUGGUUGACAAAAUCCAACGUGUUGUGAAGGACAAUGGCCAAUACCUGAAAGGGAAAGGCUUUGAUGAGUGGUCCAAAUUUUGGUCUGGGCCUGAACUGGUGGUGAUGCUGAAUAGAAUGGGACUUGGCAGUGAAAACAUUGAUGCCCUAAGGCGCCAUUUUGUAAUCAUAAAUGAGGAACAAGACCAAGAUGAAGUCCGGAGGAAGAAUGCCAGGGGUCGCAUUGUGAAAUUACCUAAUGCAACUAUGAUGGUGCUCAAGAAUCUGUUUGUGGUGCUGAGGUUUAUCAACAAAGAGGACAAAAAAUACCUGGAUGACUAUAGGCUUGCUAUUGUCAAGAAGAAGGAGUGGCGGAGUGGGCCAACAGAUGGUAGGUGGAUGAGUAAGAAUAAUAGAGGCCUCAACAACCCCCAGCAUGUCUACCCCUGUACAUUGUAUUUCUGGUGCAUGAACCCUGCUGUGGCCUUUUCUGACCUUGAGUCUGUGCGCUGUCUGGUGUUGACAAGUGGCACCCUGUCUCCAUUGAAGUCAUUUGAAUCUGAGCUGGGAAUGCCCUUCCCGAUUCAGCUGGAGGCCAAUCAUGUCAUCAAGCCAAAUCAGGUUCUGGUGGGCACGAUUGGUAAAGGACCAAAGGGAGGGCAAUUGCUGGCUAGCUAUCAGAAGUCGGAGACCUUUGAGUUUCAAGACGAAACUGGAGGAACCAUCCUUCAGAUAUGCAGGACAAUUCCCCAUGGUGUCCUCUGCUUCGUCUCUUCUUACAAAAUGCUGGAGAAACUCAGGAGUAGGUGGCAGGCGACUGGUCUAUGGUCAGACAUCCAGGAUGUCAAGUCAAUCCACUGUGAGCCAAGGAAGUCAGAUGUUGAAGACUUUGAUGAGGUCAUCAAGAACUUUUACACUGCUAUCCAACUAUCAGAACGUGACAGUAGUCAGUAUAAUGGAGCCCUGUUGAUAGCCGUCUGCCGUGGGAAGGUCAGUGAAGGCAUUGACUUCUCGGAUAACAACGCGAGAGCAGUCAUAACUAUCGGUAUCCCUUUCCCAAGUAUAAUGGAUGCACAGGUGGAACUCAAGCGCAAGUAUAACGAUCAGCACAGUCGCCGGAAAGGCUUACUGACGGGCAGUGAAUGGUAUGAGAUACAGGCCUACCGAGCUCUCAAUCAGGCUCUUGGGAGAUGCAUUCGACACAGGAAAGACUGGGGUGCCCUCAUCCUUGUUGAUGAAAGGUUCAGCAAGAAUCCUAAGUAUAUCAAUGGGAUAUCGAAAUGGCUGAGGUCGAAGGUGACUCAUUUCCAGAACUUCCCUGACAUCCGACAAGCCCUGUCCAGUUUUGCUGAGGAAAUGAAGACGACUGAAGACUUGGACAUAACUUCGUCGUCUCCAGUGACUGACGCAAGCAUCAAUGUGUCUCAGAGCUUUGCCAACACACCCGACGUCUCACGUGCCAAGUCCAACUUUUCCUCGCCUGACCUCCGAGUACACAACAGCGCUAAGCCAAAAGAUAUCUACAGUAUAUUCACACCAACUACGACCAAGGUGAAGGUGAGAUCGGCUGGCACAGCUUCUGCACCGGCAAAGAACCUUCGUGCCAAGUUCAACCAGGGGCCACAAGCUUGCAGCACACCCAUGUCUAAACCAACUCAUGCUGAACCAAGCUCUUCGUCUCAACCCUGUGCCUCUCAACUGUCCACUAAUGCCUUCAGCAACUUACCCGCUGAGCUCAUGAAAGCCCUUUCACCAGAACUUCUCGCCCAGUGGAAUCGCUUUUUGACCACCAUUGGUGGUGAGCCAGUGUUUGUCACAAAGAAAAAUGAUCAGGGCAAGGAUUGCUAUAGCCCUGCGAUUUCCAAGGAUGGUAAACUGUUCUUCAUUGCGUUACCUCCUCAGGCAGAACCAGCCAUUGUGAGUGCAUCGUCGGAUGCAACAGUUUCACCAGUGACUGCAAUGAACUCGACAGUUGCGUCUGCAGUCACCUCAGAUACUGUACCAGCCGUGGUUAACCAAGGUGCGAACUCUGAUGGUGUUGAUCAAAUAAAGGACAAGCAUACCACCUGUGGUAAAGAACCAAGUCCCAAUGACAAAGAAGCCCUCAUAGUGUCAGACCAGACCAGUACCGAUGGAAAGAGAUCAGUGCCAAAACGAAAGAAAAGACAAAGAGGUGUCGUAUAUGAAACACCUCCAAAGGGGGAACGUACUGUGGUUGAUCCGACAAGCCCAGCUAGAGGUAUCAAUGCUAAUGUCAAUGAUGGGGGUAAGGACAAAAAAGUGGAGGCCGAAAACCUGGAGGUAAAUGAUAAAAUGGGUACAAGUACACACAUGGAGUCGGGAAAUGAUACGUACGUGCCAUAUUUGUACACUGGGAUUAGCUCAAAAAAGAUAGAGGAUGUUAGUACAGAUAAGCCAGUGUCUGUUCCGGGGAAGAAAAAACUCUUCAAGUUCGUCAAUAUUCCAGACUCGUCUUGUAAGGAAAAACACAAAACAUGUAAACCAGAAACAACUGUAAGUGUGCUUUCGGACAAGGCCUCGGCUGCUAAAGACGUUUCUGGUGUCUCUGAUGGGGAUCGUGGCACGAGUCCUCUCUUGUUUGAUUCAGAAUCAAAUGAUGCCUGGCAAUCAAAGAAUAACGACACAAACCCAGCACUGUCCUCUACAGCUUUAGAAACAGCAAAUGGGAGGACUUGUAUGAACAUUACCGGUACGACCCCUGAUCCUGUUCCUGUGAAUCGAACAAAUACUCGGAUAAGUCGACUUUCCAAAUUCAGGUAUACGAAACAGUCGAGUAGUAUGCUUGAAAAUGAUGAGGAAAAAGCUGAGGAAGAGAGCGAGAUUGUGACGAAGAGAGGUCGUAAAAGACGUGGGUCGUCCACGAACAAGCGAGAGGCAAAGAAACAGAAUAAAGAUCUCCUUGAUCAGGUUGAUAACAUGAAAAAGGAGAAUGACUUGAUGUGUCAACAGUGCAGACAGAUAGUGACGUCUGCUGCGGAAUGUGGUGUUGCCUCCUUUCAAAGAGAGACAAGCCCAUCGUUUAUGUUGAAGAUUGGAAUGAAGUCCAAGGAAUCAUAUGUUUUUGAUAAAACACACAGUUCACUUCUGUUCAAACAGUUGGAGACUCAUCUUGCCAAUUCAGGCCUGUAUAACUGUUACUGGAGUGCAGACGAUGGGUGCUGUGUGCAGUAUAUGGUGUGUAAGAGAUGUAAUCGAGAGAUGACUCUACCCAUUGGUGCUCAAGUCUUGGCUGCAGCUGAUGGGCCAUGCCGGUGUAAAGUUGGGCAGAUUUGGCUGUCCAGUGAGGCCUUCCAUUAGGGCUGAUAGAUGCAUGAUCAAGUGUCGUAUCAACCUUGCAUGAGCUGACUUCAGAUUCUGAAAGAGGAUGUACUGCAUGCUUGUAAAUUGGCUUCAGAUGAACUGAUAUUUCUUGUAGUUUCUUGUGGGACACCAGUCUUUGAUGGAUAUCCAACUUGGACUUGGCCAGAACUGGAUUACUCCUUGUUUUGAUUGAUUUGAGCAUGUUUAAACAUUCCUCAAACCUUGUAAAGUAGCUUGUGCUAUGACCGAUAGGAAAAUACAUGUUUUGUCCUCGAACAUGAUUUCUCAGCUUAUAAUAAAUUUGGUAUGUGACGACAUGAGCAGACUGUUGACUAUGUAGUGAGCUGAAAGUGUCUCUAAGACUGUUAUUUAGCAUGGUUUGUGCUUCAUUAUUGUGUAGAUCAUUAGUCUAUGUUGCUUUUGUAAUGUCUCAU